AUGCAUGAUGUUUCGGGGGGUGGGCUUGACCUACAGGAUGGGAAUUUCAAAAGUUUUUAUAAGGUCUUGCACACCAUUUUUCUGUGUCUUUUCCUCUCUCCUGCAAGUGAGGGGAACACCCUGUUGCAACAGUUCGAUAAAGGCCAAGCCUACAGGCUGCUGAUUUGCUCCAAUUUACUCUGGUUGGUGUCUUUACUUUUUGUCCAAGGGAGCCCUCGGAUUUUUCCAGUAACAGUUUGGCAACCAUGCUCAGGGACUCUUGGUCCUCCUGUGAAGGUGAGGAGGGAGAUAGAGGGGAUCGGGCAACCUUAG